AUGGCCAGAUUCCUGCCUUCCAUCUUCCCCCUUUGUUUCCAGUGUAUCAUUGUAACUUCAGUACUAGGUUUUAUUCCAAAGCUUAUUCAUUCAUUAACCCUAGAAUCUGAUAUUCAAGUACUUCGCGCCCUGAAGCAUUCAUUUGAUCCCAACUCGGUCUCCUCGACAUCAUACCUUAAUACUUGGGACUUCAUGGGAGAUCCAUGCGACUGUGCAGGUGAACAGUUUCUUGGAAUUUUAUGUAGCAUUCCUGUGGAUGAUUCUCCUAGCAGGAUUAUAUCAAUUGAUCUCGAUGGCGCUGGAUAUGACGGGUUUCUGACACCAUCAAUCGGGAACCUGACUGAGCUCACCAUUCUCAGCCUAAGUAAGAACAAGAUUCGCAGAACAAUACCUGAAACCAUAUCCAAACUUAGAAAGCUCACCAGACUUUCACUGGCAGCCAAUUCCCUCGUAGGCACCAUUCCUAAUGAAAUCACUCUGCUCAAGAAUCUUGAAUAUCUAGACCUUUCAGGAAACAGACUCUCUGGCUCAAUUCCAAUCAAUAUAUCUGGAUUACGAAGCUUGACCCACUUAAGUUUGUCCAGCAACACACUCACAGGCACGAUCCCUGACCUAACAGGAUUGUGGCAGCUAAACUAUUUAGAUCUUGGUUCCAAUCAGCUCUAUGGAAACUUGCCAUAUUUUCCUGUGAGAUUGACAACACUUUCAAUAAACCAUAAUAUACUUACAGGCCACAUCUCUCCAAUUAAGAAGCUCAAAGACCUCAUCCGGCUAGAUGCAAGUGCUAACAGGUUUUCAGGGGUCAUUAGCAGAGACAUUCUUUCAUUACCUAGGCUGGUUCAUCUGAAUGUUUCAAAUAAUCACUUUACUGCAACAGAGUUGGUCAACUUCUCUGCAGAAGAGACGGAACUUCAAGUGCUUGAUGCACAAAACAACCAAUUUCAUGGUUAUCUGCCUGCCAAUUUGGUUAAAAUUCAGAAUUUAACCACAAUUAAUCUGGCACAUAAUCAAUUCUCUGGUCCAAUACCAAGAGGAUACGGAGCCAAACUAAAGCGACCAUGGAGAAUCCUGUACUUGGAUGACAACUUUUUGUCAGGAAAGCUUCCGCCAGAGUUCAUUAGUCAUGGACAAAGCAUUACAGGCAGCCUUGCCAGAAACUGCCUUAGGUGUCCAACACAGACACCAUUAUGCCGUGGAGGGCAAAAGACAAUUUCAGAAUGCCUGAGAAAGAAUAACAGCAGCACAUAA